CCCCCCCCCCACCCCCAUCUUUCUCCCCCUUCCCUGCGAUCCCAAGAACGGCCAAACCCUAGCUCGAACCCCCUCCUAUCUCCUCCAUGGCCAACAGCAACCUCCCCCGCCGCAUCAUCAAGGAGACGCAGCGGCUGCUCAGCGAGCCAGCUCCAGGAAUCAGUGCCUCUCCAUCGGAGGAGAACAUGCGCUACUUCAAUGUCAUGAUUCUUGGCCCGUCGCAGUCGCCUUAUGAGGGAGGAGUUUUCAAGCUCGAAUUAUUCUUGCCUGAAGAAUAUCCAAUGGCUCCACCAAAGGUUCGCUUUCUCACGAAAAUUUAUCACCCUAACAUUGACAAGCUUGGUAGGAUAUGCCUUGAUAUUUUAAAGGACAAGUGGAGUCCUGCCCUUCAGAUCCGGACGGUUCUUUUGAGCAUUCAAGCGCUGCUCAGUGCUCCAAACCCUGACGAUCCACUUGCUGACAAUGUUGCAAAGCACUGGAAGGCCAAUGAAACGGAAGCUGUAGAAACAGCCAAAGAAUGGACCCGUGUAUAUGGAAGCGGAGAAUGAGCUUUGCGCGAUACAGUCGCUUCCUAGGUAAUAAUCUUUGCGCGAUGGAGCUGAACUUGACCGGCCAUUGGCUGGUUAAAUUUGAAUUUGAAGGGGUCGAGGAGUGGACUCUGGAAUUUUAUCCUUCCAUGGUGUGUACUCGAGUCUGUAGUCUGUAUAUUACUAUAGUUGGGCUGUUAUGAACCCUCAUACAUGCGAAGUGUUUCUCUGGUAUGUCUGGUUCCUCAGAGAACAGAUCCUUUUAUUAUAAAUAUCCUGAAGUUAUGUGUGU